AUGUCGGCUAUGGAGCUCAUAAAGAGCAUAAUGGAACUCAAUCAGGAUCCGGCAAUUGGCAACAUGCUUAUCGCUCUUUCGGAGAAAAUUCCAACGGAAUUUUCCGAGUUCCUUGAAAGUGAUAAGCGCGGUCGUAGCAUUGUCAUCUCCGGUCUUGACGAGAUGCAAGGUGCCGCCCCCGCUUCCGCGCGUCAGAGCGAUCUGGAGGAGAAAGUCAGCACCGUGUUAGAUGCUCUGGAUGUGGAAUGUCGGCCGACUGAGGUCUAUCGGAUGGGCAAGCCAGACCCUGGACGCCCACGUCUCGUUAAGGUAGUUCUGCCUACUAGGUCCCACUGGCGCCGUGCUCUGGCUAAUGCUCGCUUACUUCGGAAUGCUGGACUCUCUAAUGUUUUCAUCCAAAGGAGCAUGACGGAAGAUGAACGAAGACGUGAGAAUGAGCUACGCCAACAAGCGCGAGAGCGAAACAAGGGCAAAGCUAUUCGCGAGUGGGUAGUCUACCAGGGGCAACUGAAACAUGUAAGCGACUUGCCACAUAGGCGCUCGGGAAACCUCUAG